GUUAAGUUGACGUUUGGUAUUGUGACGUGUGAUGGUUCGGUGUUAUGUAUUUUUCGGAUGAAAUUGCAUACAUUCAACUUUUGAGAGAAAAUAAAUUCAAAUAUUAUAUUGAACCGUUAAGUGUCCUAAUUGCAAGCGGCACCAUGAGAAAAUUAAAGGGAGCAGUAAAAGAAACAGCGAGACAGAAGCGCGAGAGGAAACAGGAGUUUGCCAAAAUGCGACAACAAAUUCACACGAUUGUUUUGCCGACUUUCGCGGUUGUUUUUCUGGUAAUCUGCGUUUACGUGUACCUCAAAACCCGGCCUACGUCGAUGCAGUACGCGUAACGUAACUAGGUCUUAGGUGUGUGAAAUUGUACAUAAUAAAUUAUAUAUACCAUCAAUUUAUAUUGGUUUGGGGUUUAUAUUCUAUGGUUGUGAGCUUAUAUGGAACAUAAGAUGUUGAUGCUUCACACUUAUUACUGUACAGAUGUUCAGUGACUGAAAUAUUUUUUAUAAUAAAAGUGCUGUUAUUCAUUCCACUUUGUUGUCAACAUAUCAAUGUUAGAGUUAUAACAAAAUUAAUGUAAAUAUUAGAUUAUACAUAUUUAAAUACC